AUGGCUGUAAUCUCAGCCGACCGAAAGCAGGUAGCCGUUUUCCAGAGCGCCGACUCGGGCUCCUCUCAGCUCUCGAAGCAGGAGCGACCGUCGUACGGAUCGUAUGAAGAUCAUCCGUUUAGCGAUCGUGUGACGGCGCAGUACUGGCGGGAAGUCUACGACAAGGCUGAAUAUGAGGGACGACAUCGCUUCGAUCCGAACUACACAUGGACGGCAAAAGAGGAGCGUAAGCUUGUUCGCAAGCUCGACUUCAGGAUCACGUUGUGGGCAUGGAUGAUGUUCGUUUCGCUGGACUUGAACCGCAAGAACAUUAAUCGAGCAAUUUCCGACAACAUGCUGAAAGAUCUCGGCAUGAACACCAAUGACUUCAAUUAUGGUCAAACCAUCUUCCUUGCAAUGUUCCUCUUUGCCGAGCUACCCAGCGGGCUGAUCAGUAAGAAGCUUGGUGCUGACCGAUGGAUUCCUACCAUUAUCUGUGCAUGGUCAAUUGUCAGCGCGUCUCAAUGUGCUCUCACCAGCAAAUCGCAGUACUUCGCCAUCCGCGCACUUUUAGGCUUACUGAUGGGGGGAUUCAUCCCCGAUAUCGUUCUGUGGCUCACGUACUUCUUUAAGUCGAAUGAACUCCCGACGCGACUAGCGUGGUUCUGGACGGCACUAAGCUUCUGCAAUAUUUUCGGAUCACUUAUGGCUGCUGGUAUUCUGCAGAUGCGAGGCCUUCACGGCUGGGGUGGUUGGCAGUAUCUAUUCUUGAUCGAGGGUCUCCUCACGUUUUUCAUUGGCAUCUUCUCAUUCGUACUAAUGCCGGCUGGAGCGACUCAGACCGCAUCAUGGUUCCGCGGUAAGAACGGAUGGUUCACCCAACACGAAGAAUUUAUCAUGGUCAACCGCAUUCUGCGCGACGACCCAUCCAAGGGAGACAUGAACAACAGAACCGGUGUGAGUCUAAGGCUCUUGUGGAAGACCAUUACAGACUGGGAGCAGUGGCCAUUAUACCUGAUCGGCCUUAUGGCCUAUAUCCCGCCAGCGCCUCCAAACACCUACCUGUCGUACAUCUUGCGUCAAUUAGGUUUCAGCACUUUCCAGGCCAACAUGCUGUUGAUACCAUCGCAGUUCCUCUUUGCAGUGCAGCUGCUCAUUGUCACAUGGAUAUCGAAGAAGCUCAAAGAAAGGGCCAUCGUGUCAAGUCUGAGCAACUUCUGGAUCUUUCCUUGGCUCGUUGCUCUCGUCACCUUGCCCGCCAGUGCGAAUCCUUGGGUACGCUACGCGCUUCUCAGCGGACUGCUUUCAUACCCUUACUGCCACGCCAUUCUGGUCGGAUGGAACGCUACAAAUUCCAAUGCCGUUCGAACGCGUGCCGUCUCAGCAGCAUUCUACAACAUGUUCGUGCAGGCCGGAAACAUCAUUGCAUCAAACAUCUACCGAAACGACGACCAGCCUUUAUACCGUCGUGGAAACAAGAUUCUACUCGGUAUCUGCAGCAUCAACAUCUUCUUAUUUUUCUUCGUCAAAGCGUUCUAUAUCUGGCGCAACAAGGUUAGGGACAGGCAGUGGAACGCGAUGACCAAGGAAGAGCAGAACGACUACAUUGUCAGUACCAAGGACGAAGGUAUGAAGAGAAUGGACUUCAGAUUUGUCCAUUGA